UCGCAGAGCAAGGCGCUUGAGCGACGGCACGCCAGCGCCAGGCGGUCCCAGCACCAGUAAACGUCGGCGACCAUCGGCGACGACCGCUGCGCGAGCGCUGGAGCACCGCUCAUGUUUGUGCUCGCUGUAGUGAGAGAUGCUGUGCGAGUGAGCCCGGCGGCCUUUGGGAAGGCGCCAUCAGAUGCGUUGCGGGACGAGGUCGAUGCGCGGUACGGUGGUAGAGUGUUGUCCGACGUGGGCUUUGUCAUUUGCUGCGAGACCGCGAGGACCGUAUCAGACGGGCUCGUGCACGCUCUAGAUGGUGGAGCUACCUACCAAGCCGAGUUCCGAUUGCUCGUUUUUAGGCCGUUUGUGGGCGAAGUACUGAGGUGUACGGUGGAAUUUGUCGACGAGAACGGCCUCCGAUGCACGACUGGCUUCUUUUCGCAAAUUCGCAUUCCCGCGAAGUACUUGCCUUCAUCAGCAACUUUUGAUCCUGCUAGAAGGUUAUAUCUGGACUCAAAACAGCGGAAGAUCCAGACCGGCGAUUCGAUCUUGGUAAGGGUGGCCUCGGUGAAAUUUACGCGAUUAUCAAAAAGGAAGCGCGGUCUGCAGGCCACGACGUCGGGGCCGGAGGUCGGGAUUCGGAUGCGAUCAUCAUCCGUCGACUUAUCUGCGAGGGACCCCGUGCCCUCGGCCAUGGAGGUCGUCGCGUCGUGUGCUUCGUCUGGUCUCGGGCCCGUCGGCUGGUGGCGGUAGUCCUUCCUGAGUAGGUGUUUUGUGUGUUU